AUGUCGCCGAUUAUUCAAACUCACAACCCAAAGGAGAGCUACCCUAAAGUCACCUAUUCCCACGUUGUCACAGUUGAUGCACCGGCAAAAUUGGUCUAUACAGCCGGCCAAGUCGGACGAGACAGCACCGGCUACAUUCCUGCAUCAUAUGAAGAGCAGGUGAAACUAGCCUAUCAAAAUCUGGGUCAUUGUCUGGCUGCUGUCAAUGCUUCUCCAAAGGAUAUUGUCAAGUUGACAUACUAUAUUGUCAACUAUGAUCCCAAUCGCCGAGACGUUGACGUGAUUGUCGUGGGUGGGGGUAUUAGUGGUCUACAGGCAGCCUACAAAGUCCAAGAGGCAGGAUUCUCGUCAAUUGUCCUCGAGGCCCGAAAUCGUGUUGGAGGAAAAUUAUUAGCUGUGGAAAUACCUGAGCAGGUAGAAGGAAGAGGCAAAAAAGGGGGGAUUGACCUUGGCGGGGCCUGGAUCAAUGACUCCAAUCAAUCUCGAGCCUACUCUUUGGCGCAAAGGUUAGGGCUGGAUUUGAUUGAGCAGGCGACAGAUGGGGAUUGUAUAGUUCAGCAAUCCAAUGGUGCAGUUUUAAGAUUUCCUUAUGGUGAAACACCCAAGAUAUCCUCAAAGUACCAGAAGGAGGUGGGGGAAAUCAGAGACAAUGUUGAGGAUAUUUGUCACUCUGUUGAUGACCAAAACGCAGUGAAAUACGACGGCAUGAACAUGGAAGAUUUUGUUCAGACACAGGGGCUAGGCACCGUGGCCUUGGAGAAUGUGACUCUAUGGACCCGUGCAAUGUUAGGAUGCGAGCCAUCUGAGAUGAGUGCUCUGUAUUUUCUCGAGUAUUGCCGACUCGGUGGUGGAUUGAAACAAAUGCGUUCUGAUCGAAAGCAUGGCGGUCAAUUUUUGCGAGCAAGACAAGGUGAGAAAGAGCAUAACCCUCAGAGUGGCCUACUCAGUAAAAUUGACUAUUUUUCAGGAAUGGGCCGUCUAGCAAAAGGCGUUGAAUCGAUGCUGCGGCCAGGCUCUGUUAUAUUAAACAGCCCCGUCUCAAAAGUGGCCCAAGACUCCGAAAAGGUCGUUGUGACCACUGAUUCCGGAGUUCAAUAUCGCUGCAAGAAAUUAAUCUUCUCAUUACCAACGCCUUUGUAUAAAGAAGUUGUCUUUGAGCCUCCACUUCCUUCAGAAAAGCUUAAUUUCAGCAGCAGCACCCAUCUGGGGUACUAUACAAAGGUGAUUUUGAUAUAUGAGAAACCAUGGUGGAAGGAUCACGGUCUUUGUGGGCUCACGCACUCCUUUAAAGGACCAUCAUCACUCACUCGGGAUAGCAGCAGCCCUGCAGACAACCAAUAUUCGUUGACAUGUUUUGUUGUCGGUGAACCUGGCCGAAAGUGGUCAACAUUUUCCAGGCCCGAACGUCAUACCCAAAUCCUCGAGCAAGUGGUGUCUAUAUAUGGGCCACAGCUUUCCGAGAAAGCCAAAAUGCCAUUGAGUAUAUUAGAGCAAGAUUGGGCCCAGGAACAAUUCAGCAGAGGGUGUCCAUGCCCUGUAACCCCCCCUGGGGUCCUUUCGCGUCUGGGAGGGUCGCUUCAAGCUUCAUUUGAAAAUAUCCACUUUGUGGGCACUGAAACGGCUCGUCACUGGAAGGGCUAUAUCGAGGGUGCCCUAGAAUCUGGUGAUAGAGGAGCAGAAGAGGUCAUUAAGCUUCUAAAAGAUUGA